AUGAAAACUAAAUUUGACAUAAAAAAAUUGGUGCAUUCACCACAUCAGCCGUCACGCAAGCAUUUAACAAGUUCUCAAAGUACUAGCUUACUAGGUAUAUUAAAAUUAGAAGUAUAAAGGUAUAUUAAAGUUAAGCAGGUUAUGA